GCACGAUGGAAGCGGUCCACAAGACCCUGAUUUACCGGGGAGACGGAGGCCCCUACCGAAAGCUGAUGCCGGAGAAGAAGCUCUUUUGUUCUGGGAAGGCGCAGGACGAGUCGAAAUACGUGGAGCUGGACAACCUUCUCGAUCUGAAGCCCGAGUGCUCCAAGUCUGUCAAGGUAACUUUUACCGGCGACGGUAACCAUCUGGCCGUCUUCAACUGUAAGAACGGGGUCGGGGCCACCGAGCAAAAGGCGGCGGACGAGAAGAAGUUGGUCGCUGGCGACCUUUCGGACUCUUUCGAACUCACCUCGUCCUCCGAGAGCUCCCGGGAGACCGACCUGUCCACCGAGUGCCCAACGGGCGCCCAGGACUACGAGGAGCUGCAGUACACGGACAUUUUUCUAAACCGGAGGGCGGAGAGCCCCGGCAGCCUGACCUCAGCCGAGCUCGCGCCGCCGCCGCCGGCAGCGACAGCCUCGGGGACAGCGGGCGCCUCGGCGGGCGAAGAGCACGAGGAUGAGGCGCACUACAUCACCACCCACGAGAUCCAACUUUGCGAGCUGGACCACAACGUCGACUGCGACUUCGGCCAGGGGUCCUGCUGGGAUUUCGAGCAAGACAACCAGGCGUGCCCUUUCGUGGACUACGCGUCCUUUGACAGCGAUCAGGCUGCGGCGCUGGAGGGCACGGCUGAGGGCACGGCUGGGGGCGCGGAGCCGCACAACGCCGCCGCCGGGAGAGUCGCAGUCAGCACUAAGCGUGAAAGCGAUCCCCUCUGUCACACGGACGCACGCGGCAGCAGCUCGCUGGGGGCUCCGUCCCAGCACCAAAACGGCGGCAGUGGCACUUCUGCGGGCCAGAUCCACCUGUCAAUCAAGGCGACAUCCCGAGCUAUAAAUGAGCCUAGCAACGCGCGCGGGCCACUGGAAAACAGCGGUUGCCAUGCGGAGCGCCGAGGUGGCGGCGGCGGCGGCGGCGACAUGAGCCAAGGCUACGCGGGCGUAAAGGUCGGCCGGGGCGACGAGGGCGGCAAGUGCUUCAUCGCGGCCCCCCGGCGCCUGCACAUCAGCGGCAGGAAGGACCUGCAGGGCGAGUUCCACUCCAGCGGCGCCUCCAGCGCGGUCAGCGAGCUCGACGACGCGGACAAGGAGGUGCGCAGCCUGACGGCUCGGGCGUUCCGCAGCCUGGCGUGCCCCUACCUGGACGCGCUGCACUUCAGCACCUCGAGCGACUCGUCGGCCUCGUUCACUGAGGGGGUCAACAGGUGGUCCGCCUUCGUGGAUCUCAAGUACGGCAGCCUGGCGAGCGCCGCGGGGCGCAAGAGGUCGACGUUUGAGUUUAACCAGAGCGGUGGCGGCAGCCCCCCCCGCGUGCGCUGUGCUCCUCAACGGGGGGCCCGCGCCAGACCCCCCCAAGCCCAAGCCCGGCCAGGUGAAUGGCGUGCCCCCCACGCAGAACAGCUGCUCACUCUGACCGAGACUUUCAAUUUCCGCUGCAACGUGACAGACGAACGGCGUGCGAACUCGGUCCAAAAUGUCAGCGGAUCACGUUCCACGGAUGAGGUUACAGACGCCCUGCCCCGCGAGCUCGGGACGGGGGCCAGCCAGCCAGCCUGCAAGGCAGGGGAAGCCAUGGAAGGCACGCAGCAGAAAGCGAAGUUCGCCUCGAGCCUCCUCAAAAAUGUCAUCUCCAAGAAAAUGCAGUUCGAGCAGGAGCGCAAGAUGGAGCGCGGCGAGAUCUCGGAGACCACCACCACCUCCUCGUCCUCCUCCUCCGGCCUCUCGCCCACCCUGGACAGGCUGAUCUCCGGCGAGCCGCGGCGCCUGCGCCGGCAGGGCUCCAGGUUCUCCGAGGCCAGCUCCGAUCACACCGUCGUCUCGACCGACGAGCCCGGCGAAGGGGAGCCUCCGGGGCCCGACGCCGCCAAGGGCCUGCUGCUGCGCAGCCACAACAGCGCCUUCAGGUCGUGGAGAGACGGCGAGAGCGAGCAGCGGGACGAGGAGCCGAGCAACGGGAAGGCCACCAAGAUGUCCCACCUCUUCGUGCCCAGCAUCCAGCCGGCCGGCAAGGAGGCGGAAGCGGCCAAGCCGCUGGGCCACAGCCUGGCGCUGUCCUACCUGGAAGGAGGGGGCGGAGGCGGGGGGGCCGAGGAGCCGUCACCUGUGCCAGGUGUGCCCAAAUGCGAGGUCGCCUCCAAGUCCCCCGAAAUCAAGAUCAGCCUGAGGAGCGUCAAGGAGAGCAAGGCCAACCCGUUCAACAUCGCCAAGCUGCUCACGCCCAACAUAGGCAGUCAGACGAAGGUGGCAGAGGACUGCAGAAGCCAAGGGCCACCCCCCAACAUGUUCAAGGGCCAUCCGUUGGAAAGGUUGCCCCAAUUCACGGUGAGGGACAUCAGGGACAACAAGUGCAAGCUGCAGACGCCCAUCCACCAGGUGCGAGACGUGCGCAAGCUGGUCAAGAGCUCCUACAACUUUGGGGCAGCGGAUGGCAGCGAUGCCCCCGCGGAGCAAAAAUCCACAUCACAGGGUGGCUUGGGAAAAACCGGCUCUGUCUCUCCGAUUGUCAUCAAGUGCCAAUCGGUAAACACCAAGAACAACCUGCAACAGGACCCUGAGCUGCCGAAAGCCCAGCCAGGCGAGGAGAUGAGGGAUGCCGAGCUGGCACUAUCUGCCCAUCUCUUGGAGGGCACCACCAUCAUGCUUCACAGAACGACGGGCAGGAUGCCCCCGCCCGCUGUGGUCAAACCGCCCCAAAAGACUGAACCCUUCGAGCCUGCCGGAGUGCACAUCGAGGCCAAGGCGUUCAAGAGGAAACCGGAAAAUCCCACCGACGCCUCUGAGAAGAAGCCCGAGACCACCCUAGUGAACCAGGCAGCACUGGAGAAGCUGAAAGCCGCCGUCAAGACCAUGGAGCAGCUGUACGUCUUUGACCGGAAUGAGUGGAAGCGCAAAACGGAGCCGCACCCCAUCACCGACAGCCACGUCCUGUCACUCAUCGCCAGCGAGGAGGGGGGUCACGGCGAGCGGAGGCUGAGCAUCUCCAAGGAGGAGAGUCUUCCUCCGCAGGCCCCCGUGCAACGUCUCGUGAGGACGAAUUCUUGUCACAGUGCGGAGAGUUCGACCCCCAAGCCCACCUUGGCGUGUGACAUUUCCAUCAAAAAAGACAAUAAGGAAAACCCGAAAACUCUGAAUAAAGAAGACCGAGAAAGACCCGGCAUGGCCACCCAGCCUGGUGGCGCCAUCGUCACAAAGAACGCUUUGCACACAAGUCACAACCCAAAAAGCGCCAGCCGUGCCAAUGGCCCAUUUUCAGCAAGCAAGGGGCAACAGCCAGUCUUCAAUACAAAGGGCCUCGUCCCCAAAUUUCCUCAGAUCCCCAUGUCUUUAAAAAUCGGUCCCAGUAAAGCCACUCCUGAGGGACUGGGGAAAGCAGAAGGAACUGGUCAGGAGCCAAAGAGCACGGCAGCCAGCGAUUCUGAGAAUUAUCUCACAAUACCAGUCAAGCCUCACCCAAGCAAUGCCAAAGCAGCACCUGGCAGCCAAGAGCAGAGCUCCGGGUACUUGUUCACAAGCCCUGGGGUCAGGACCCACGACGCCAGCCCCAGCCACUCUGAUUUCAAGAGACUGGAAGACACCCGUCAGUCGCCCAAAAGAUCUUCUGUUGUCAUGGAGACACGGUCCCCAGAGACCCCUACCGCCACCAUCUACCAUCACUCCCUGCCCAUCGCCGUGUCUGGCGUUCAGCCGCAGGUUAUCUGCUUCUCACCAUCGGUGCCACCUGCGCCAGCAAUUGAUCCGUUUCAGCCGACUCAGCGGAAGAUGCUGCUGGACCCCACGACUGGCCACUACUACCUGGUCGACACCCCCGUCCAGCCGGCUACCAAAAGGCUGUUUGAUCCCGAAACUGGGCAGUAUGUUGACAUCCCAAUGCCACAGCAGCCGGUCACCCCAGUGCCUGUGCCAGUCUCACCAAUAGCCUUAAGUCCGGGGGCCUAUGGCACAACAUACAUGAUAUACCCCAGCUUUCUACCCACCACUACGGUUUUGCCAGCCAGGACUUUGCACACUCAGCUGUCUUCUCAUUCCGAGGGAGACGACGUGGACAAGACAAACAGCAAAGAAGGUGCCCACUCCGGGACGACGGGGGACGUGGCGUACAUGGAGAGCCCUUACUACUUCGCCACGGGGAAGCCUUUGCCCGCACAAACUGCAAUGCAACAUGUGACGGCGCGGGCACCCAAGGGACUGUCAGAAGGGAAGCCUGUCAUUAGCAUAACAUCACAGCAAGGUCCAAGAAUCAUCGCCCCACCAUCGUUUGACGGCACCACUAUGAGCUUUGUGGUGGAGCACAGGUGAAGACACCCUGGAGAGGUAAG